AUGAACAACUUAGUCAGACGGGCGGCGCUUGCCUGCCUCCUGCUCGCCCUCAUAUGCGGCAACUCUGCAACAGGACAACACCCAACGCUGCCGUUUACUGAUGUGGCGCCAUAUGACACCUUACUGAUGUGGCGCCAUAUCCUCGACAUGGACAAUCUCCCAGCCACCAACUUCACAUGUAAAGAAAAGGUCAUCGGCGGAUACUAUGCGGAUAUCUACACAGGCUGCCAGAUGUUCCACGUUUGCACCCUGGAUGAAAAAGGCGAGAUCCACGACUACAAGUUCCGCUGCCUGAUGGGGACGGUGUUCGACCAAGAGACGCGGGUGUGCGAGCGCGCGGAUGACGUCGACUGCAGCAAAUCCGAGUCGUUCUUCCAUCUCAAUAACGACCUGUACGGACCUGGCAUCAUCCCCUCCACGGCAGAUACUUCGGACACCUCCAGCGCCGCCACCGUGCAGGUCUUGGACCCCACUCACGCCCUUAUGGGAGUCCCCGACCCUCAGUCUGAUCUUAGUGCCACUUCGGAAGCUCCUCCUUCGCCUCCUUCUCCUUCUCCUACUCCUGUUCCCGCUCCUCCUCCUGCUGCUGCUGGUGGUCUCCCCGCUCCUUCCUCUUCUCCCUCCGACCCCCAAGCCUCGCCCCAACCGCAGUCCCUGUCUCAGUCGCAGCCGCAGGCCCUCCCCACGAGCUCCCCCCUUCCCCCCGUCAUCCCCCCGGGCGUGACGGCGUCCUCCACUCGGAUGUCGACCUCCACCUCGUCCUCGGUCACGGCGGCCUACUCUUUCCCUCCCUUGCCUUUCACUGUGAGCAGAACCUCCACUUCUGUCUCGGCCUCUUCGCGCGUCCACAUCCAGACGCCCCUCGCGCAGAUCUCGCUCCGGCAGGGCGUGGACGCCUCCGUCCUGCCCGCGCCCCACCUCCGCCCCUCCCUCCUGCGCCUCGCCGCCCAGGCCCAGAGCACGGGGCAGGGCCAGCGGUUCCUCGAGGCCCUGGAGCCCACCUCGCCCUCCCCCGUCACGGCGCAGACGCCUCCCGACUUCGAGGACAUCCCCAGACUGACCCGCUUUCAGACCGAUGCCUCUGCUCCUCCCACUACUUUCACUAACUUUGACGACUCUCCUCACAGACAGAAGAGGCAGACCACGACGCAGGGACUCGCUUUCUCUUCCUCUUUCCCUGUGCAGGACCAGACUCUUCCCACAGAAUCCGUAGCGGCUCCCUCGCCGAGAAGUAGGGACCGGACUGUCACCUCUAGUAGCCAGAGAGUUUCCUCGAGGGGCCGCGUGAGGUUCAGGCAGACUAACCCACCUAGCGAAACAGUUAUUAACAGUCAAACCACGAGGUCUGGUCGGAGAAAUACUGGUAGGGCAUCAGAUGUAGACACUAGGCCGAGAGUCACCCAAAACACUAGUCCUUCCUCAAACAGACGAGUACAAACUAACAACCUCUCGAGACCCACAAACGAAGUGUUUAGCCAGGUAGUAGAAACCACAGUAGCCAGACAGCAGGAAGCCCCAGUAACGAGAGAGACCCCCGCCGUAGCCAUUAGACAGAGAGCCAGUGCCACUCCGAGACCUCAGAACCCUAGGGCAGGCCGGCGGGGCGUGCAGGUCGUUAGACGUAGGCCGGUUCCCGAGCCCUCAGCGCCGGAACCCAGUCAGGUAGACGUAGGCGCGGAUGCACUAAGCCACCCCGAAGACCCAACUCAGGUCCCUCCCACGGUCAUGACAACGGCAUUACCCCCUGACAGCUUUAUCAGGAUCAGUGACACGAUCGACGACCCGACGGCGAUUAGCGAGCACGUGAGCGCCGCGCCCUCCACGACCACACAGCCGCCCUUUGUGUUCCCCGAGACGAGCUUCUCCUGCCACGACAAGAUCCCCGGGGGCCUCUACGCUGACGUGGAGACGGGCUGCGUCGUGUUCCACAUCUGCUCCGUGGAACCUGAUUCGAGCUCGAAAGACAACAAGUUCGUGUGCGGCGUCGGAACGCUCUUCGACCAGACGACCCGAACCUGCCAAGCCGAGGACCAGGUGGACUGCGCGCGCUCGCCCUCGCUCUAUUAUCUCAACGACCCCCUUAGAGGACCAGUCUUCUUGGAGCUCGAAGGCCAGCUGCCGGAACAGCAGUUCGAUUUCCCGCGCAUUCCCGUUCCCGAUUCCCAAAAUUCCCGAAGGGUUAAGCGCGACCAAGACGCCGCCGUGGACCUGUGCCGCACGCGCCCCCUCGGCACCCCCCUGGCGGACCUGACGAGCCAGUGCCACGACUACACGGUGUGCGAGGAGAGCAGCGACGGAGGCCUAGGUCGAGCGGAGGCUGCCGUGCAAGAAGGACUUCCUGUUCUCGCAGCUGAGACGGCGCUGCGUUCCUCAGAAGAAGGUGAACUGCGCCAAGGAGACCCUCGGAGAGAUCCUGGGCUUGGGCGGUGCGAGGCAGAGCCCCCCCGGCAGCAGCAGGAGAAGGCGUGCCACUUCUCUGCUUCUGUCACACAGGUUCCGCCGGGCCGCCCUCACGCCCCUCGCCAACCUGGUCCCGACCCACGCCGUCGAGGACGCACGCGUGCGUCGCGCCCUGUACAGCCUGGCGGCCCUUCAGCAGUGGGCGCAGGAGAACGCCCGCCACACGACCUUUAUCGACGUGUACACUCUGAACACGCGAGCAGUAAGGGCGACUUCCCCAAGAAGGUCUCCGGCGACGGCGGGGCGGCCCCCUACGGCGGCCAGCAGGGGGGACGCAGGUACGGCUACAUCAGUCGCAGCAAACGAGACGUGAACAACGUGACCGUGGCAGAGCAGGUGCUCCGCGCGAACGGAACCAAGAUUGCGGAGCUCACCUCGAGCGCCAUCGGCAGCCCAACGGACGUCCGCGAGGAGAUCCGGCCGAAUCCGUCUCCCACCAGCCACCCUGCCAUCGGAGUCGCCGCGGUGACGACCGAGGUGAGGCAGACGUCCGCUCCCGAGUCUGUGGUUCAUCCCGUGGCGAGCACUGUGACCUCGGCCGUCCCCUCGCUGUUGACAACCUUAUCCACUCUUACCAUUACCGGAGCUUCAACGCGUACCUCCAAGUCAACCGCAUCAACCACCACAGUCACAGUAACGCCCUUCACCGUCACCAUCACCACAACAGAAACCAAGCUCAUUCCGACAGAAACGGCACUGAUAAUGAACGCGUCUUCAGGAAGCCCAACAAGCACCCUAGUCGCCACAGACACCACUCUUCUCCCGACCAUGACUCAGAUCCCCGAGAUUGUGCCUCAUGUCAAUUCUGCCGUCCUAGGUGACGCAGCAGUCGUCAGCAGCAGUCCCUCGGAAACCAAACCCGAAGCCGUGACACCCGUCACCGAGGCCAGUUCCUCUACCCCGGGCGUUCCUCAAGAAGCAAGUAUUAGCCAGGAAGUAACUACUACUGCUGUUCCUGACACACAGAACACAACUACAAGUACAACAGAAACAGAAGUAAGUUCAAAUGUAGGAAACACCACUGUAAGCUCUUCUCCAGAAUCCUCUGCAGUAGAAACACCAGUGAAUCCAAAAGCAGAAAACACCACAGCUACAACAACAAGCACCAUGGUUCCUGCUUCAACAACUACUACAACAAGCACCACGGCUCCUACUACAACAAGCACCACGGCUCCUACUACAACAAGCACCACGACACCUACUACAACAAGCACCACGGCACCUACUACAACAAGCACCACGGCUCCUGCUUCAACAAGCACCACAGUUCCUACUACAACAAGCACCACGGCUCCUACCACAACAAAAUCUUCUGCAAUACCCGAAAGCGUUCCGGAAGCCUCAACAACAACCACCACUACUACUGUUGCCAGCGCCUCGACCUCAGGGACAAAUGUCAGCCCACCAGAAGACACUAAACCUGCCUUGGAAGACGCCUCAUCAGCCAACGUCACAGCCACAACAAGCCAGCCCCCGGACUUCAUCGUUCCUGAGGGAAGCGUCAAUGUGUCUACCACGGUCGUCCCUGGGGAAGGGGACACACUGGCCAACGGAACCUUAGUCCAGCCAACGCCAGCGCCAACCACGGUGGGUACUUUCACGAGAGACAACCUCCCUGAAACUAGCUUCACUUGUAAAAAUAAACAGCUGGAGCAGUUCUACCCAGACCCAGAGGCCAACUGCCAAGUUUUCCACUAUUGUUCAUCAGGAUUUGUCGAUAUGCAGGUACUGGAUCUGAAGUUCCUCUGCACCGGCACCACCAUGUUCAACAUAAACACCCAGAAGUGUGAAGAUAUGGGUAAUGUCACCUGCGGCUUUAAUGACACUACAACAACACCACCACCACCAGUUACAGAGCCAUCAACCAUCUCAAUAGAAGAACUGCCAGCAACACCAGAAAUCACAACAUCUUCAACUACAACAGAAGCUACCACUACCCCAACAGGACCUGCGUUAUCCAAAUCAGAAACUGAGGCAAACGCGACAGAAGCACCAUCAACUACAACGGGAGCGGUCCCAAUCCCACUGACAGCUAUAGGAGACCCGUCCGAAGCCCCAGCAACCACAACAGCAGCCCCAACAACCACAACGGAGGCACCACACGAGGGUCAUCACAACUGGAAUGCUACAGAGCCAGACGUAAAAGCUGCUAAGAAUGACAGUCUUGUGGAGAAGACAGCAGUGAUCGAGGCGAUCGAAACCACAACCUUGGAGCCCGAGGUGAGAGAAGUGACCGAAGUAGACCUACCUGAAACGGAAACUGUAACCGACAGAGUUCCAAGGGAAGAAGUGUCAACCAGCACAGAGGGCUUAGAGUUUAUUUUUGAGACGACCACCGAAUACUUUCUGGGGGAAGAGCCGGAAAUCAACACAGAACUCGGACCGAUCGCUCCUAGUUCUGCCGAGGAGCAGUCAGUGGAAAGCUCGAUAAACUCAGAAACGUCAGAAACUCCCGUCAGCACAACAGAACCCGUCACAGAACUCCCCGCAGACGUGUCCACACAGGAGAGCAUAUCGCCCCAGACCCCAGCGCCCACAGAAGGUGCGCCGCUGACGGAGGUUCCUUUAGCCAGUGAGGAGUUGGAAUCGAGCAUCCUGUCGAUAGCCAGAAACGCCUCCGAGUCGAAUCACACUGCUUCGACGUCCGCCGAAGCGAGCCAGACCGAAGCGGCAUUGUAGGGUCCAUCACUCGAAUGGACUAGAAGGGUAUUAAUGGCGUGCUGCAAGUCGCGCCUGUAAUAACUAUAUUAAUUAUUCUUCUCUUUUUUUGGGGGUUUAUUUAUUCUGAGAGAUUAUCAGUAACAUAGGUUUAUGUGAGAGUUAUACCUGUUACCCGUGGUAUUCCGUGCCAAAAAAAUAUUUACCUACUCUGGUUCAAGGAGCAGAAAACAUUCCAAAAAAGGUAUUAUUUUCAUCACUGUGAUACGUUGCUAAUGUAGGUAUUUGUGAAGCAAAAGGGAUUUUUUUCUUUAACCAUUAAUCCAUCAAUAUAACUUUUUUUAUAAUCUUAAAAAAGGUGACACAAUCACUAGACCAUGGUUUUAAUAGUCACAUGUUCCAAUUUUUUUUUUUUUUUUUGUCAUGUCAUAUUGUGGGGGGAAAAUUGAAAAGAGACGAUAUAUGAAGUAAGAUAAUUUAGCAAAUUAGCAUGAAGGCCAGUGGUGGGAUGUGAUAAGGUAAAUAAGGUAGUCAUUUCAGCCAAUUUGAACUCGAUAGAAGAACAUUCUAACCACGAUGACACAGUAUUAAAAGAAAAAUGAAUGUGUUCUUGUACUGUAUGAUAAGUUGUUAGUAAUUUUGAGUCAGAUAAGGUUGUGGCAUAUUAGGCUAGUAGGUAGCUUAGAAAUGGACUUGUGGUAAAUGAGAAGUUUUUAAAAAAUCUAUUUAUUUGGGAAGUUUGUAAACCCCCCAAAAAAAAAAAACAGUUUUUUUUUCGACGGAACAACCAGCCACAUUACCUAACUCAUUUGUACUCAUAAGUGGCAUUUUCUGUACUAAUAAUUUUAGGAUUAUUAAGGGUUACAUUUACAUGAAAAAAAAUAUUAUCACAAGUCUGUUUUAAGAGCCUUCCAGGGAAUACCGACUCCUGCUAUUUAGUUAACAGACUCAGUCUUACUAGCAGCUUGUGAGUAUUUAAGAGACACGUGGUUAAGAGAGUGAAUGGUUGCAACGUGCUACAAACGACUAUUAUUAACCCUUUCAGUUCAAUUACAGCCGAGGAAAAACAGGACAUUCUUUACUUUUAUUAUCUUUAUUACUGGAAAUUUCACAUCGAAUGGAAAAAAAGCACCCUAUUGCAAUCCGUUGAUGUUUCAGUUAACUAGCAGAAUUUGCAUGGCAUUCAUUAUAUAUACAUAUGCAUAUACAUGCACAUGCAUACAUAUGUAUCUCUAUAUGUAUAUGUAUAUAUCCCGUAAUGAAACGAAUCCCAACCAUCCUUUUGACACAUUUUAAUCUCAGAACAACCGUAGAGAACCCAAGUAAUAGAUAUUUUUUUCUUAAUAGAUAAUUUUUUUUAAAUAUUCCACACCCAAUUUUAUUUCAAUAGCUCACCCACGCGCGCACACACAGUAUUUUUUUCCCGCUUGAUAGCAAGACCAGGGCAAGUAUCCUCAUUAUUGGUUAUCUCGGCCUACCAUCAUAGAGUGAGAUUCACAUUCACAGUUUACGAAAGCUUAGACAGGAAACUUCGGCGAUAUAAAUGGUAUAUAUAGUUUGUUUGUUUUUCUUCUUCUCCAUAAUCCUUUUUCGUCCUUACCUCUAAUUCAAUAAGAUAACAUAUUUUCCUUACCUUUAAAUGAGAUAUCUUUUAUAAUCACCGUCACAUUUUAGCGAAACAUCGAUUUCUAGUUAGCACAGACUUGAUACACAUAAUAUAUCAUUAACAUCAUCUCCUUGUAUAUUACAUCAGUGUCAAUCACAUCAGAUAGAUAAUCAUUUAAGAAAAUAAAGUCUGUUUACGAUAAUGACUCAAAGUUAUUAAUUAAUAGCGUUUUUUUGCAUUACUUCUGGCUGACUUUAGUUAGAUAUUCGCCUUUUAAUAUUAUAUAUACGUUGAUCAUAUGCAUGUAACAAUCAUUAUAAAUAAACAUGCAUAUAUUUAAGAGUAUAUAAGGGUUUACCUCCUGUUUUUUUUUUUAUACAUUGUAAAUUUCUGAUUAUGUUUUACUUAUUGGUUGACCUAAGAAGUGAACAUUUUCGAGACAACUGUACUUUACAGCAGUGAAUAUCAACGGUAACUAACAUAGGUAAGGUAAAAAUUUAAGCAUCCUUCAUCUUUUCAUGAAUCAAGUGAAAUUUCUGGACAUUAGGUCACAUUAAUUGCCAUGCUAAGUGAUAUUUUGAAAGCGUGUGUCAUUGUUGAGAUGGAAUAUGUAAUAUUUUUAUAAACAAAAUCAGAUAUCAAAUAGUGUUAAGUAAACAAACAGUGGUUUAUAUAAGUAACAUAAAACUUGGACGAUGAGGGGUCAAGGCAACCAAAUUGUAUCACAGUAGAAGACACUGAGAAUCUGAUCCUCUUCUUAGCGUGUGUACCAUGGUAAGCGUGAUUCGUACUUGUUCACGGAAACCCAGAGUAGUAACAACAACAAAAAAAUAUGAGAUGCCUGUCUUCCAGGUGCUUGCAAUAACGUAUUACUAUUAUAAUACACAUUUUUUGUAACUAAUGAGGAGAGGCGAGGGAAGAGUCAACAUUUUCCUUGACGUUCCCUCGACCUAAAUCAUGUUCCUUUUGACAUAGAAGAAAUAAACAAUUGAAAGGUGUUCUGAAGAAGGAUUUUCUUGCUUGGGUACACGGAUUUCACACUAGGUUCAUGUUAUCAUUGCCAUUUUAUAGAAGCUAAAUUUUCUUUUUAUUAAUGUUAUACCCGACUCACUCAGAUUUCAUACUCAAUAGCUGUGUACCUGACCAAAAAAAUCCUUUUUAAAAGUAUUCCCUCCUUGCUACAAGGCAAUUUUUAAGAGAGAAUCAUUUGAAUCAUGUAAACAAAUUUGCACAUGGCUUAAUCUUUCUUAUACUGAUAGCAUGUCUAGGCCAUGUGCAGCGUUUAGACGUGAAGAUGAGUCGCAGGGUUCAUGCCUGGUGAAGAAAACCAGUGACUAGAGAAAGAGAGAAGACAAUAUUCAAGUUAAAGAUGUUGAUCUAUCUUGUGGAUGUGUUUGGAUUGGAGGGAAGGCUACUUAGUCAUGAUACAGCGGUGCAUAAAUCUGUAUUGUAAAGUUGUUGUUUUUUUUAAAGAUGGUUAAUUCCUCUCGAACUGAAAAUUAAUAAGAUAUUAAAAAGUGUAUGUGGCAAUCUUCGCGUUGGCAGAUUCUUGGAGAAUGUGAACGAGGUUAGAGAAUUAUAGUUUCAAAAAGGAAAAUGUCUUGGGAAAAAAAAAAAAAAAUACGAUAGAGUAAAGAACAGACAAGAUAAGCACCUUUCAGUCCACACGGAAGCAUCCAAACACAUCCAUUCUGUCUUUAAAGUGUUAAGAACUCAGUGACGAAAAAAAUGCCUCUAACACAUUUCAACGAGGUUCAAGUUCACCACACUGUAAAUAGAAAAUGAACCUUGCUGAACCCUCAUAUAAGGUUUUACACCAAACUUGAAAGUAAAAUGAGCAUUGGCUGCUUUUUCUUGCAUUUGUGAUUAUGAUAUUUAUUAUAGCAUAUAUCAUCCCUGCGUUGUUUCUAUUACUGUCUCCUUGCCUCAUAAUAAAACAUGGUGACUUCAUGUUCAA